UGAUCAUCCCGUCUAGUCUGAUCCUUGUGCUCAAAGCUCGACAUGAUGUGGGCCCUAACGUCGCUAUUACUUGCGGGGAUAGCCCAAGCAGCUAUUCCCAAUGCCAUGCUUCGUGGCCCUGCUCUCCCCAAAAUCCCAGUACCGGAACGUUCGCUCACUUCGCCGAAUGGCACAGCACUCCCAAACAUUUCGACCGUCUAUUACUUCGACCAACUCAUCGACCACAAUAAUCCAGGCCUUGGAACAUUCCAGCAGCGAUACUGGAUGGACUGGGAGUGCUAUGAGCCUGGUGGUCCCAUUAUUUUUAUGACGCCUGGAGAAGUCAACGCAGAUGGCUACCUAGGCUACCUCACUAAUCACAGCAUCAAUGGUCUCAUUGCUCAACAACAGAAGGGUGCCACCAUCGUCAUAGAACACCGUUUCUUUGGUUUUUCCAAUCCAUACGACAACCUUACAUCACAAUCUCUCGCACUCCUCACCAUCCAGCAGGCCAUCGACGAUCUCGUGAAUUUUGCUACCACCGCUGACCUUCCCAUGCCUGGGGGUGAUGCUGUGAAGCCAGGUCAGGCGCCAUGGAUAAUGAUCGGAGGAAGCUACUCAGGCGCCCUUACUAGUUAUACGAUGGUCAACAAACCGGGAAUUUUCUGGGCUGGAUAUGUUUCUUCUGCCACUGUGGAGACAAUCACUGACUAUUAUGAUUAUUUCACCCCUAUUCGCGAGUACAUGCCACAGAACUGUUCUUCAGAUGUACAGGCAGUGGUUGCCUACCUGGAUGAAAUGUACGCGGCUAAUGACACCGCUGGAAUCCAGGCGCUUCAGGAGGCAUUUGGCCUCAGCGUUCUCGAUCAUGUAGGCGAUUUCGCUACCGCACUUCAAUACAAUCUGUGGGAUUGGCAAGAUAUGCAGCCUUUUUAUGGCCCGGGAGCAUGGUUCUAUCAGUUCUGCGAUGCACUCGAGGUCAAGGACGGCGUCAACGCCGAACCUGAGGGAUGGGGACUUGAGAAUGCCAUCAACGCUUGGGGCAACUUCUGGAACACCACAUACUACAACCAUCUCUGUCAGGAUAUGGAUGUUGAAACCUGUCUUGGGACGUUUGUUCCGACCGACACCUACUGGACCAAUAUUACCGUGAAUAAUGACGGCAGGUCGUGGUUCUGGCUGGUGUGCAACGAACUUGGAUUCUAUCAGGUUGGCCCUCCUGAAGGCCAGCCUGCGAUCGUGAGCCGCAUCCUGCAACCCAGUUUCGUAGAGCGCCAAUGUGUCACCAUGUUCCCCCAAGCCUUCGCCUCUCCACCUGAGCCUGCCACAGCAGAGACAAACGCAAUGUACGCUGGCUGGAACGUGGAUGUCGAGCGUCUAUUCUUCACCACUGCCCUGCGUGACCCUUGGCGCGGGGCAACUGUCUCUGCCGAUGGGCUGAAUAAGCCCAACACUACCAGCAUGCCUAUCUAUGACAGCGAUGGAUUCCACGCCUCAGACUUGAUCACGAAGAGCGGCACUGACGAUCCGACAAUCGCUACCGUGCAAGAAGCAGGAUUAAGGUACAUGAAGGAGUGGCUUGCUGAGUGGACUCCUACCUUAUAAUAGAUCGAACCACCUGGACUUAUUGUUAAAUAAUUUGUCGUGUUAUAAUCUCGAGGUG